UCCGUCUCACUUGUUUCUCUACUCUCCGGGGAGCGAUUGUGCCCCAAAUUCUCGGCGCUGCCUUCGACUAGGGUUUCAGGAAUCAUUGUCUUCCUUUGCCGAAGCCCACUGUGUCCGAUAUCACUCGUACUGUGUCCACUGGAUCGGGCGCUCGAUCCGCAUAUAUUGCUCGCGAUAGAUUCUCAUAUCGACCGUGGGGGCGCUGCGGAGCGUGCGAAAUUGGCGCCGAAACGCCAGUGGCAGCGCCACAUGGGUGGCCAGAUGCGGCAGAGCCAUGCCGGCACCGGGACGGCGGAUCUGUGCGAUCAGACCGCUGGUGUGGACGCCGGGGACGCGGUCAUGGCGCGGUGGCUCCAGUCCGCUGGGCUCCAGCAUCUAGCCUCACCGAUGGUGUCGUCCGAUCAGCGUCUUCUUCCCAGUGCCCUCAUGCAGGGUUACGGACCUCAAACAGUUGAGGAGAAGCAUAAACUAUUUAACCUUUUAAGAAAUAUGAAUUUUGCUGGGGAAUCAAUAUCUGAACCAUAUACUGCUGCCGCUCAUGAUGGCUUUUAUUCAUCUGAGGUUAGAGGAGAAUUUGGAGCUGGACUCUUGGAUCUUCAUGCUAUGGAUGACACUGAACUUCUCUCUGAGCAUGUCUUGUCAGACCAAUUUGAGCCAUCUCCAUUCAUGCCUAAUAAAAGUUUUCAGAGUGAAAGUGACACAAUGUCUCGCAGGCAGCCAGGUCCACAUGAUGACAAUGUCAGACAAUUAGGCAGUGAGAAAGAGAUUAGCACAAAAGAGAGCAAUGUGGCAAAGAUCAAAGUUGUGGUGCGCAAAAGACCUCUGAAUAAGAAGGAGAUAUCUAGGAAAGAGGAUGACAUUGUGACUGUUCAUGAGAAUGCUUAUUUAACCGUCUAUGAACCCAAGCUGAAGGUGGAUUUGACUGCAUAUGUGGAAAAGCACGAAUUUUGCUUUGAUGCUGUUUUGGAUGAGCAUGUUACAAAUGAUGAGGUUUAUCGUGCCACUGUAGAGCCGAUUAUACCAACCAUUUUUCAACGGACUAAAGCUACAUGCUUUGCAUAUGGUCAAACAGGUAGUGGAAAGACAUAUACUAUGCAACCUUUACCGCUUAGAGCCGCUGAAGAUAUUGUUCGCUUGUUGGGUCAACCAUUUUAUCGCAAUCUAAGAUACAAAUUAUGGCUUAGCUAUUUUGAAAUCUAUGGUGGCAAAUUGUUUGAUCUUCUCCAUGAUAGGAGGAAACUCUUGAUGAGAGAAGAUGGAAGGCAACAGGUAUGCAUUGUGGGAUUGCAGGAAUUUGAGGUCUCUGACGUUCAGGUUGUGAAAGAAUUUAUUGAGAAAGGUAAUGCUACACGAAGUACUGGUUCUACAGGAGCCAAUGAAGAAUCAUCGAGGUCUCAUGCUAUACUGCAAUUAGUCAUUAAGCAGCACAAAGAAGUAAGUGAUUUAAAAAUACAGAAGGAAGGUAGUGGAAAAGGCGGUAAAAUUGUUGGGAAAAUUUCUUUCAUCGAUCUUGCUGGAAGUGAGCGUGGUGCUGAUACGACAGAUAAUGAUCGCCAAACUAGACUUGAGGGUGCAGAAAUAAACAAGAGUCUUCUGGCUUUGAAGGAAUGCAUCCGUGCCCUUGACAAUGAUCAAAUUCAUAUCCCGUUCAGAGGUAGUAAAUUGACCGAGGUGCUUCGUGACUCUUUUGUUGGCAACUCAAGGACGAUCAUGAUAUCCUGCAUCUCCCCAAAUGCAGGAUCUUGUGAACAUACACUUAAUACCCUCAGAUAUGCUGAUAGGGUUAAAAGUCUUUCCAAGAGUGGGAAUUCCAAAAAAGAUCCAAUGGCUGCAUCAAUAUUAACUUGUGCCAAGGAAUCAACAUUCCCUUCCUCAGUUAUACCUGAGGAUCUCCCUGUGCAAAUGCAAGAUUUUAAAGGGCUAGGAAACAACGAAAAGGGUUUGUAUAAGUCUACAUUUGAUGUUGACAGGUAUCAAUUUGGAACUAGAAAUGCUGAGGUAAAUGUGCCAUCAUCGCUUUCAUUUGAGAGGGAGCUGAUGGAGUCAGUAAACAGUCAUGACAAUGGAAGAAAUAAACAGUAUCCAAAUGAGAGUUCAUUUGACACUCAAGAUGAAGAAAAAGUGACAAAGGUCUCCUCACCUCGCAAAAAGGUUUCUAGAGAAAAAUAUGAAAAGCAAAGCAACUGGUUGAAAAGAGAGAGUGGAUCACAGUUGACUACAAUAGGUCCUAACCCUCAGCAAAUGCCUGAUGCUUCUUUGGACGACGCAUCAAAUAAAUAUGUCAAGGAAAUUGAUGCAAUACUCGAGGAAGAAGUGGCACUAAUAGCUGCUCACAGAAGAGAGAUUGAGAAUACAAUUGAGAUAGUGAGUGAAGAGAUGAAUUUGCUGGCUGAGGUUGAAAAACCUGGAAAUUUAAUCGACGAUUACGUGGCACAGUUAGGUUUCAUGCUAUCACGCAAGGCUUCAGGUUUAGUCAGCCUACAGGCACGUUUGGCAAGGUUUCAACAGCGCCUCAAAGAACAGGAGAUUCUUAGCAGAAAGAAAGGGCGAUAGUGAUGUCAUUCUUUCUCUAUACCUUGCUCAUGGUAGCGACGCUGCGAAGGAUCUUGACCAAUUUGUACCAGCUUGAUGUAGAUCCUCCUAUAUCAUGGCUUUGAAGUAGCUAGUAGUUACCUUACCUGUGGCAGUUGUUUUUUACUGGUGUGAUGUUAUUAGUUAAGAAUAACACUUGUGCUUGGAUGAGCGUUUGAACUACAUCCAACGAUUGGUUGUGUUAUGAGAUAUCCAUUGGUUUUUUUUUUAAUAAUUCAGUAUCUAGCUUUUCAAAUUAAUUAA